AUGGCCGACCAGACUCCCAUUCUGGAGAAGCUCGAUGCCGCUAUCACCGAUAUGCUGGCGGACUGGAAUAUCUACACGACGUUUUUUGCCGCAGCUCUUAUUUCAUUUGCUAUCUACUCCAUUGUAUCGUCCAAAGAUCCCGAUGUUCAUCAAUUCCUUCUUGCUCGCCAAUCUACAGCUUCUCCUAUUCGGCAAUCGGGCGAGUCAGCAACCUAUCGCAGUUUAGAAACCCCUUAUGGCUUUCCCCUUCGACAGGGAUUGAACGUGAAGGAUGCUGAAGCUCCCAAAUGGACUGCGGGUCGCCGGGGCGACCUUCGAGAUAUCUGGAAGGCUGCCGUUCGGGGUGCGUUGAACGCCGAUGGCUCUGUAUCUGGCAAGCAGGGCAAGAUCUAUACUGUGCUGGGGAGGAAUGCUGUUGAGCACUCCCUAUCUCAAGCAACUCAGGAAAUCAAUGUAAUCGGUCGAUUCCUACACAGAUCAGAGGUCAAGACUGUUGCUGUAUGCCUGACCGACUCUAUUGAACUCCUGGCCGCUAUCUUCGCGGGUGCAUUUUAUGGAUUCAACACUGUGAUUAUACCCCAUAACCUUGCUCCCGAAACGCUGUCUGCUCAUCUACAAGCAUCCAAAGCCGAUGCUCUGAUUGCCGAGGCCGGUUCAAUCGAUUUAUCCACAGUGAGCAAAGGUAACUCUCAGCUAUCACUUCUUCUCUGGGUCGUCAAGUAUGGAAAUCGGCACAUGGACUGGCAUGAGGUUCCCGAGGAUGUCAAAGGUACUCUGAAAGUUACUGUUUGGCACGAGUUGCUUGAGGAAGGCAAGGAUCUGGCUAGCCUAGAUGUCCCUGAAUACGACCCGACCACUCCGACCCCGGGUAUCAGCACUGUUUGGCCUUCCGAGUCCAACUCUGGCGAGUUCAUUAAUUUCCAAUCCGAGAACAUCGUGGCCGCUGUCGCUGCUUUGGGCUCUGCGCUGCCUCGGAGUGAACGUUUCUCUCCGUCUGACCUUGUUCUCUCAAUCGACUCUCUCUCUCGGUCUUACCCACUUUGCCAGAUAUUGAAUGCCUUGUUCUCAAAUGCCUCGGUGGCCCUCAACUCUGUCGCUGGUGAAAAUGUCGACUUUGGCCUGGCUACAGUUGGUGUGUCUCCUACUGUUAUCGUUGCGUCCUCUCGCACUAUGGUAGAGUAUCAUGACCGCGUCAUGAAGCCUCAUGCCGGUCCGGUUUCUUCCUUCGGUCAUUGGGUCCAGUCUCGAACUCUGGAUGCAGGAAAGAUGCCUUCCAAGAACAUUUUCAGUCAACUUGCCCGAAUCGGACCGACCGUCGAGCUUUCUUUGGACAAGUUGCGUCUAAUUUGCAUUUCACACCGCGUUGACGCCGAUUCCUCAGUUCGCCAUACCUCAGAGCAAUUGACAGAUCUUCGCGUUUUUACCGGCGCGCGUGUUGUAUAUGCACUUACCGGUCCUGGCAUUGCUGGUGCGAUUGCUCAAACCAACGUCUUUGAUUACAGACGCCUCGAUGGAUCCAGCCACUUUGGAUCACCAUUGAGCAGUACUGAAAUCACUCUAACUGGCAUCGCUGAGAGUCAGACAUUGGAUACCCUCCCAGAGGGUCAGAUUACGGUUACUGGCCCGGCUGUUGUUAACGGAAAAGUUACUCUCUCUUCUCACGCCCGCAUUAGUGGCGAUAACACCGUAGAGCUUUGCUAA